AUGGACGAAUAUGCCCCCGGAUCGCCGCGCGCCUCGGCCGACUUAUUCCGGUACCGCGUGUCGCUGGGCCAGGGGCGCUCGCUGGCGGUGCUGUCGGACCCCCUGCACGCCUGGGGCUACUGCAUCGGCGCCAGCCUGUGGUCCGCGGCGCAGGAGCUGGCGGUGUACCUGGCGGGGUUCAGGCGCGGCUGGUUGUCCGGCAAGGGCGUGCUGGAGCUGGGGGCGGGGCUGGGCGUUCCCGGACAGAUCUCAGCCACAGGCGGCUGUGGCAGAGCUAGUGUGGGGUCAGAGCUUGCGCAGACACCGCUUCUCACCUGGGAAGCGUCGCUUUGA